AUAGAGAUGGAAUGCGGAUGAUUUAGCGAAAACGAAAUUCAUCAAGAAUACAAGUAAAACAAACAAAACGAUUCUUCGGGAUAUCAUUACUCGUUAUGAAGAUUGGAAAAAGACAAACGAUGCAAGCAAACGAAAAAGUAUCAUGUCAGAUGACUUGAGCAGUAGGUAAGUCUACAAUCAAUGAAAAAAGAAUUCUCCAACGUAUUUGAUUUUUAUUUUUAUUUUUCUUAGUGAUAGUGAAGACCCAGCCUUGGAUGAAUUUGAAGUUGAUAAUGAUGGAUGGGAAUUUGAUACGAUUCGAAAUAGUAAACAAGCAAUCUCUAUACCAACUUUGGAUCAAUCUUCAUCGAAUAUGCCAACAACAUCAACAUCAAUGAAUAUGGAGCAGGAACUCUCAAAGACUGUCAAAUCAUCAGAAUACGACCAACCUAUUGCAAGUCGACCUUUCCAAAGAAAUCAUGAUACUCACCCUCUUGUACGAAUGUUUGAAAAUAAUUCUCCACAAUCCGAUCACCUUACCCCUCCAGGCCAAUUACAUCACUCAUUAUCAACAUCACCGAUCAACUUAACUCCAGUAACAGGUUACGCAUCACCUAUCUCAGCAUCCUCAACAAUCAAUGCAUCAUCUUCACCAGUACCUAUUAUUAAUUAUGCAACUGCAUCAUUACUGUCUACUGCUACGUCAGGACAAGAUCAAUUACAAACAGUAAAACAAGUACCAGUACGACCAACAGUACAUAGUGCCGAUGAUUCUUCUACAUGUUCACCAUCUGAAAGACCUCAAGUGACUCCACUAGCUUCUUCAUAUCUCCGGCCUAGUCCAAACCUUGAAGGGGAAGUGUCUACAACUCCACCUGGCUCUUCAAAAUUGACACCUGGUGUCAAUCAUGCUCGAUCACCUACUCAGUUUGCGGUUUCCAACAAGCUCACUCCGUUAACAAGGCCUUCUUCUCCUGACAACCCGCCAUCUCUUGCUCAGUCUAUGUCCAGAACGCGCUCUUAUUCUGACCAACGGCAACUUCAACAUUGUUAUCCUGAUCAAACGGUAGUCUCACUCACCAGUCCAAAUGGUCAGCACCAUCAAGAUCUUCGAUCAUCACCUCCAUCGGUAGCAUCACCCGCUGUACCAUUAGUACCAGCACAUUUGAGACGGCAAAACUCGACAGCAGCUACAACAUCAUCAGCAGCUGCAGGACAUUUGGCUAGAAGGGUACGAUCAGCUACAACACUUCGUCGAUCAGAAGAAGAUUCUGUACCUCUCAAAGCACUAGUUACCAAUAAACAAUAUCAACAACAACUACAAAUGCAACAACAGCAGCAGCAACAACAACAAAAAUUGACUAAACAACAUCUAUCUGUCUCUGUCCCUUCCGAUAACAAUCUCACUGGUAAUAGAAAACAUGCUGAACAUCGACGAAGUAUUAGUGCUGAUAAUGUCUCGAAAUGCAAGGUAAAAUAAAAAUAAUAAAAUAAAAAAAAAAUUAUUUUUUUAAAAAAAAAUGAAUGUUUUUGGCAUAGGAUGGACAAGAUGGAUUAGUAGGACAACUCAAAUCAUGCUUAAAAACGCCCAUGGUGAAUAAUGAUAUACCCACAUCAUCUCAACAAUACUUAACAUCCACAUCCAUUCGACC